AGCAUUACCAUGACGAUCCCUAGGGCAUAUAAGAAGUUCCAUCUGCAUUCCCACAAGAAUGACUAACGCGCCCCAUUCCCGAUACCAUUGUCAGCAAGCCAGUGCAAAAGUUAAAACUUGUUUGAGAUCAAAGAUGAUAGACACAACAUGCCGGUAACAGAAACACGGCGUCGCCUUUAUAAUUCCUCACUCCGAAGACCCCGUUGGGUCGUGCAUUGACCUUCUAGCAGUGUCGAGACGUCGUAUAACGGCAACGCUCAUGAGAGCAAAGGUCAAACUCUGCAUCAAAACUUUUAUUUACUACAGUGAUGGUUGGCGUGCCUGGGAAAUCAAAGGGCUGCAAUACCUGCAGGAAGCGAAAGAUCAGCUGUGAUGGAGACAGGCCUUCGUGCGCUCGAUGUACAAAGAGCAACCGAAUAUGCGGAGGAUAUCAGCGUGAACGACAUUUUAAGAAUCUUAGUGCUUUGGAUCGAGAUACACUGUUGACCAGAACUCAACCUUUGGCUUCGCUCACAGACUUGCUCGCGAUCAACACUGGUUCAGACUACAGCCUUACGACUUGCAGCACCUCCGAAGAGGAUGGCACGCCAAAUUCUAAUAGGCAGAUGCUUCCCUCAAUAAGACCUCCGAGACCCCCGGACUCAUUCGUAAGCUUCAUUAACAACUACAUUCCCAGAGAGGAAGGCAAUCUUCACAUUGAGCAUAGGUCCCAAGUAUCCUGGCUCCAAGCCAUCGACCCGUCACAAGAAUAUGGCGCCUCUCUUGAUCUUGCAAUCUCGGCGUUGAGUCUGGUCUCUUUAGGUCGCAAACAUGGCGACGUAGAACUCCGACGUGAAGGCAGGGCAAGUUAUGGUCGAGCUUUGCGCCAACUGCAAGACAUUCUCUCGCAAAACAGACUGCUUUUCGAGGAACAGACUCUCGCCAGCUGUAUGGCAUUAUAUACUUUCGAGCUACUAGAAGUUUCAGGCGAGGAUACUACCGGAUGGGUCAGCCAUGCAGAAGGUAUCGCAAGGCUGAUCCAACUUCGAGGGCCGGAAUCACAUGUGGUUGGAUUGAGUCAUCGUCUGUUCUUGGGCUUUAGAUCCACUGGUAUCACCCAUGCGUUAGCCACUCGCAAAUCGACUUACCUUGCACAUCAGGACUGGCUGACAGUCCCGUGGAAGAUGCAACCAAAGUCGGACUUUGACAAGCUGUUGGACAUCAUGGCGCAAAUAGCAAUCCUAAUCGAGAAGGCGAGGGGACUCAAAAUGACCCUGGCAUCAGAGAUUCCCCACGUGGAGAGCAUGGCACUUGUGCAGCAAGGUUGGGACUUUUAUUCCCAGCUUGACGAGUGGUACCAAGGCAUCAUACAAAAGCACAAUGAGCCGCUCUACUACGAGCAACCUGGGUCUACACAGUUUGUUUCUGCCGCGGGAUGCGUCUUCCCAACAUCCCUACAUUUUGCCAAUUUCGAAAUUGCACGGCUUCACGUCUCCUACUGGAGCAUUCUCCUCUUUCUCUUCGAUCGCGUCCUCACCAUCCCUGUCUCGUCUCUGAGCAACUUUGACGAGAGUUUUAAUUUUGUCACUUCUGUGGUGAACAUAUUCACGCAUAGACAGGCGCUGGAGCUGGCGAGACUGAUUGCUCGAUCCAUGGAUUAUCUUCUCUCGGAAGACAAGCACAUUCUUGGACCACAAAAGGUGUUUUUCCCCUUGCGCACAGCAAUGCACGUGUUUGCGAGCACGGACAAAGAUCAGGAACUAGCCUGGUGUCAGAAUAUCUUUGAGGAGCUUGAUCGGCGAGGGUAUCCUUUCGGCAAGAUAUUGGCUCGGUGUGAGUGGGAUGAUAUACCAGCGCUCUUGUCUGGGAAUUGAACUCGGGGAAGGAUGCAUUAACCUCGGAGGUAUAGACGCUUAAUUUGUGAAACAAGUUGAGGGGUAUAACAAAUAAGCCUCCAUUGUGCUUUGUAAUUUGCUUUCAAGGUCACCUUAUAUGUGGUUC